ACAAGCUCCUCCUCAUCCUCACCCACUUGCCUCUGGUCGUUCCUCAUCCUCCGCACAUCAUGAGCCUGGACAGGAUGGCGGCCAUGUUGAAUGACUGGCUGUGGCAGGAGCAGUACUGGCUUCCUCCUGGCAUCCGCUGGCAGGACAUCGAGAUGAAGGAUGAGGACGGUCGUUUUCCUAUGCCCAGGGAUCUCCUCAUUACGUUGCCACUGGCCUUUGCCUUUAUAGCCUUGAGAUAUGUAUUUGAAAGAAUCAUCGCCAUUCCUUUUAGCAAGUGUUUAGGUGUGAAGGAUCGGAUUCGGAUUCGAGCUCCGCCUAUCCCAAAGCUGGAGGCCUUCUACGAACACAUCAGUCGGCAACCAUCACAAAGCCAAGUUGUGAGCUUGGGCAGGCAGUGUGGACUCUCUCAAAGAAAGAUUCAAACCUGGUUCAGGCACAGAAGGAACCAGGACAAGCCCAGCAAUACAAAGAAGUUCUGUGAAGCAUCCUGGCGGUUUGUGUUCUACCUCGUAUCCUUUGCCGCUGGACUCGGCUCACUGAUUGAUACCCCCUGGUUUUGGGAUCACAGAGAGUGCUGGAGGGGAUAUCCCAAACAGGCUGUGGCGGACGCUCACUACUGGUAUUACAUCUUGGAGCUGAGUUUCUAUUUGUCCCUGCUGCUCAGUGUUUCUGUGGAUGUCAAGCGAAAAGAUUUCAAGGAGCAGGUGGUUCAUCACAUCGCCACCAUAUUUCUUAUCGGUUUCUCCUACGCCGCCAACUACGUGAGGGUUGGCACGCUAGUGAUGCUGGUGCAUGAUUCGUCCGACUUCCUGCUGGAGUCUGCCAAGAUGUUUCAUUAUGCUGUGUGGACAACGACAUGUGAUUCGUUGUUUGUCGUAUUUGCUGUUGUUUUCCUGGUUACAAGACUUGUGGUUUUUCCUUGCAGAAUUGUCCACACCACCAUGAUGCUGUCUCGUGAAUUUUUCCAGCCUUUCUUCGGUUAUUAUUUCUUCAACGUUCUGCUGUUAGUGCUGCAAGGUCUGCACAUCUUCUGGGCCUACCUCAUUCUGCGCAUGUUAUACAAGUUUGUCUUCACGGGCAAGGUGGAGCGAGACGAACGCAGCGAUGAGGAAAGUGAGGUGGAUGAACACGAAGAAGAAGAGGAGACAGAAGGAAAAGAGGGUGAGCGCAACUACAAGCAAAGGAAGGAGACUAUCAACUCCAAGCUGACAUCGCUGGCUAACAACUGUGUCCUAAACAACCUGACCAACCAGCGGAAUCUAAACAGCAGGCUGCGUAAAGCCAGAUAGUGGGCCUUCCCCCCAUUCUGCUCGCUGGAGAGAAACUCAAACUUUUGCUUUGUUUCAACACAGAUCAUUAACCGUUUCAGAUCAGGGUAGGACUCAAUCCUUUUUUUGUGACAAAGUGGAGCAUCUAUUCAUGAAUGAUGGUAGUGAUUUACAAUACUUACAGGAAACAUAAUCAGUCAGUUAAUAAAUCAAUCAGAACAAGGAAACUGUAAAAUGUAUUUUUCACAUCUAACUGUAGUUUGUACAUAUCUUGUAUUUAUGUUCUGCAUUUUAUUGCAAUAACUUGUUUGUAAAUAUCUUAAGGAGAGAGAGAGAGAGAGAGAGAGACCCUUUUUUUGCCCUUAUUUUUGAAGUGCUGAAGGUUUUAUAUAAAAUAUAAUUGUUUUUUUGUUAAGGUAUAUAUUUAAGUGGGACAAAUGUAAGGAUUGUUUUUAUUUUAAUCCUCCUUCAUAUAAUCCUCCUGCCAUAGGACAGGUAGCUCUUUGGAAACCACCUAAGGUCCAUAGCAGUUCUAAAGUUAUUAUUUUUAGUAAUAUUUGAUUAAAUUCUCUGUGUUUCUAAUUGUUUACUAGACAUAUGUCGCCCUCUGGUGUUUCAGAAAACGCAUAUACUUGUCAAGAGAGAAUUUUUUGUGAAUGUAUGACUGCAAAAAUUAUACUGCUUCUGAAGAUCUUUAUUUCAACUAUGCUUGUUUUUUUUAUUGUCAAGGAAGCAACAUUGGGGUUUGCUGUUGUAGAUUGAGCUGGCUUUUUACUUUGUUCCUUAAGCUGCUGGUUUUACACUAAUUUACCACAAGAAAUAAGAAUGAAGUCUUUGUACUGGUGCUUUUAAUUUUACUGGACAAGCAUUCAACUGUGAGUGAUGUGAUUGGUCAAAGUGUUUUGCAUACAUUAUAAAAACCAGGUCCACUCAGAGACGCUUGCUGCUUAGUUUAAGGCCUCAGAUGAAGAGAAGCGUUUCCAUUUGGUAUUAGUAACUUACUGGUAGAACCAAGCAUGCAUUUAUCCAGUGAAAUGCACAAGGCGAUGUCUUCAUUGCUGCAGACAAACACCAAUAUACUUUGUCAUUCACUAACCCUCUGUAUGGGUGUUCACUGGCGCUCUCUAAAAUGACUGGCUGUUUUCACUGUUCACACAUGGCACAUCUGCUGCUUUUCUACUAUUUCUGAGAGUUGUACAGUGUUAAUAUAGAGGGGAGGUUAAAAUAAAAAGGGCUGAUUCACUGGUGUACAUGUGUUGAGAUCCCAUUGAAUAUUAUGAAAUUAUUGUUUUAAUACAUUUAUAAAGCGGUUACUCUUGACUGUUCUGUAGUGAGUGCACAUGGACAUUUUGUUUACUGAGUGGCUUGUUGAAAAGUUUAAUAAAUGAUCCAUAUUUAAUAAGUCGGACAAUGCUUUCAUUUGUCCAAAAUUUGAAGAAAAGCUAUUCUUUAUAUUAACUUUAUCAAACAUAAAAGGGCAUUGCAUUACCACUUAAUUGUCUUUUUAAACUUUUUUCCAAGUAAAUUAUGAAAAUGGUUGCAUGUAUUUGCAUUAUGUUAUCUGUUAUCCUAGUCAAACUCAGUUAUAAACUUGCAGCAAGACAUAAAAUUUACUGUUCACAAACAUUAUUCUUCUAAUCUGAGUGAGCUUGAGACAUUUUUGCAAAGAAUUGUAAAAUAUUGGUAUGUAUACACUCCAAAAGACCACAACCUUUAAUUGCAGUGAACAUUUGUUUUAACUACUACCAAGUCACCAGAUUUUAAAGCUUUUCAUAACAAUGUAUCAUUUUCUUUCAAGCUAUUUGCAGUUUUCUGUUGGUCUAUUGAAAAUAUUCCAAUAAAA